AUGCUUCAGGUCCGUCCCUCCAACCGCCGUGGGGGUCCACUUGAUCUCAUCAUGGUCUUUCCGAGCACAUGGCACCCCAUCUCACCCUGCUCAAGCCUGUUCGGUCCAGCUGAGCCAUCCAUUACCUUGAAUCCCCCGGAAGCUGACAGCAUGCCUACUCAAGUGCGAAUUUUCUCCCGGCCCAAAAGCCUCGGCGAGACGCUCGCGCAACCUACCACACCAUCGUCUGUUCCUCGAUCUCUUCCUGACGUCAACGGCAACUGGAAGCAUCCUGACUUGCUCAAGACUAAGACCAACGGAGUCAACGGCGUGAGCCCCACCAGCGGCGUCAUCGGUUACAAGAUCAACGGUACCAACGGAGCCGCAUCCAUGGGUGUCUACGACGAAAAGUCCAAGGGCGGCGUCACCUUUGCGCACCAGGAUGACCUCCCGCAUCUGCCCAUCCCCGAGCUGUCGGAAACGACAGAAAAGUAUCUUGCGGCACUCAAGCCUCUACAAAAUGCACGAGAGCACGGCGAGACCAAGGCCGCUGUGGCCGAGUUUCUCAAGCAGGACGGCGUUGAGCUGCAAGAGAAGCUCAAGCGAUAUGCCGAGAGCAAGACGAGCUACAUUGAACAAUUCUGGUACGAUUCGUAUCUCAACUACGACAACCCCGUCGUCCUGAAUCUCAACCCUUUCUUUCUGCUCGAGGAUGACCCUACGCCUGCGAGAAACAACCAAAUCACCCGUGCCGCGUCGCUUGUGGCGUCUUCGCUGGAAUUCGUUCGUGCCGUGCGCAGGGAAGAGCUGCCCCCGGACACGAUCAAGGGCACGCCGUUAUGCAUGUACCAAUUCUCUCGACUCUUCGGCACUGCUCGUGUUCCUACCGAGAAUGGAUGCCAAAUCGUUCAGGACCCCGAGUCCAAACACAUCGUUGUCUUGUGCCACGGCCAAUUCUAUUAUUUUGAUGUUCUGGAUGAUAAUUCUGAUGUCAUUAUGACGGAAAAGGACAUCUCUAUCAACCUCCAGACGAUCAUUGAGGACGCCGCACAGACUGGGAUUCAGGAUGCCGCCAAGGGCGCUCUCGGUGUCCUCAGCACCGAAAACCGAAAGAUCUGGUCUGGCUUGCGUGACGUCUUGACGCGUGAGGAGGGCUCCAACAACGCUGACGGUCUUGCGAUUGUGGACUCGGCGUUAUUCGUACUCUGUCUCGACUACACUGAGCCUGCCGACGUCGAUGCCUUGUGCGGCAACAUGCUCUGCGGUACGAGCGAGGUUGAGAAGGGCGUGCAAAUUGGGACAUGCACCAACCGAUGGUACGACAAGCUGCAGAUUAUUGUCUGCAAGAACGGUAGCGCGGGCAUCAACUUUGAGCAUACUGGUGUUGAUGGCCACACGGUCUUGCGGUUCGCUAGCGAUGUCUACACAGACACGAUCCUUCGGUUUGCCCGAACGAUCAAUGGACAGGCGCCAACGCUCUGGGCUACCACCAGCCCAGAUCCCUCGAAGCGCGACCCUUCCAGCUUUGGUGAUGUCCACACGACGCCGCACAAGCUGGAAUGGGACAUGGUGCCCGAGCUCAACGUUGCUGUGCGAUUCGCCGAAACACGCCUUGCGGACCUCAUUGAGCAGAACGAAUUCCGCACUCUCGACUUCAAGCACUACGGCAAGAACUUCAUCACUUCCACCGGCUUCUCCCCCGACGCGUUCGUUCAAAUGGCCUUCCAAGCAGCCUACUAUGGUCUCUAUGGCCGUGUCGAAUGCACGUACGAACCUGCAAUGACCAAGACGUUCCUACACGGCCGCACAGAAGCCAUCCGCAGCGUCUCGGCCGAGUCAAUCAACUUUGUUCAAACCUUCUGGGCCGACAACCCCGCCGAGCAAAAGGUUGAGGCUCUGCGCAAGGCGUGUCAGAAGCACACGGCCAACACGCGUGAGUGCGCCAAAGCGCAAGGCUGUGACCGUCACCUCUAUGCUCUCUUCUGCGUCUGGCAGAAGCUUGUAGAUGAGGAGAUGGGCGGGGGACUCAGCUCGAAUGGCUACAACUCGUCGAUCGAUGGCUACUCCGAGCGCGAUCCCGGUUCCGCCGUUGGCAGCCCCGGCCGCGACUCGGUGCUCUCUCAACAAGACGCCAAUGACAUCUCGCCCUCCCCUGGGCGCCGCCAGCGUGGCGACAGUACCAACUCGCGUAGCCGCGACGUGAACCCCUUGCCGCUUCUCUUUGCUGAUCCGGGCUGGGACAAGCUCAACAACACAAUACUCUCGACUUCGAACUGCGGCAACCCCUCGCUGCGCCACUUUGGCUUUGGUCCAACAUCUGGUGACGGCUUCGGUAUCGGUUAUAUUAUCAAAGACGAGGGCAUCAGCAUCUGUAUUUCGAGCAAGCACCGACAGACCAAGCGGUUCGUGGACACUCUAGAGAGCUACCUCCUCGAAAUGCGCAGGGUGCUCCGCAUCACGACGAGGCGCGGCACAGGCCCAAGCUCCGGCGGCGCCAAGCAGACCCGCGCACGGGAACUCGAGGACACGGAACGGCCCAAGCCUCCCGCGACGCACAGGAUGAAGUCGCGCGGACGGAUCAUUACGGGCCUUGACGCACUGAAACCCUCUUUCGCGCGGUCAUCGACGGUGGGAACCAUGUCGCCUACGGAGGAGAGCGUGGCCAUGAGCGACGACGAGCUCGGCGGAUAUGGCUUCUUUGACGCCGGCAUGCUCCUGCAGGCGCUCAAGGCGCGGGGUGAGGGGUAUGACGGCGGGGAGACGAAGCCGUCGGAACGGGCGGCCGUGCAGGCGCGGAGGCGCGAUGUUGGCAAGAAGCUUCGUCUGAGCGACUACUAG